UAACAACUUUAGAUAAAAGCUGAUAUUUAAAGGUAGCUUUUGAUAAAGGCUGAUUGUUAAAGGUAGUUUUGAAACCGACUGACGUUUAAAGGUAGUCUCUAAUAUAGACUGAUAUUUGAAACAGAUUGAUAUUUGAAGUUGCGAUGUAUUUGAGGCUGGUUUCAUCUGUUGCGGUAUGUGUGGCUGUUCUACUGUGUGUGGCGGGAGCUGAACUUGAUGAUGAUGACGUGUGGUGGAACCUCAUGUGGUUGGAUUACCUCAACCAACAAAAUCAAAACACUCAGGGUCAGUGUGGAGCCUACGGUGGGUUUUGUAACGAAACAACAGCCUGCUGUCAGUACCCGGGCUACGACAAGUUUGCUUGCUUCAAUGACGUCUGUCUGCAGGAGAUGUGCGGCUAUCCAGGUCAGUACUGCGGGUGGUACUAUGGAUAUUAUUAUGGCGCCUGCUGUUACCAUCUGGGCCUAACUUGUAGCGGGCAGACAGGUACAUGCGUACAGGCCAGCACAGGCUGGAAGUGACGACAUGAUGGAACUGAUUGGCUAAUAUUUUGGAUUGAUCACGAUUGAUUGGCUACUAUUUUUGAUUGAUCACAAUUAAAACGGGUUUCUAAAGCCUCAAC